UUAUGUGGUGGAUUAGCUUAUGCCUUAGCUGAUCCCCUCCAAUCUCCGAUACCUCACCACACCCAUAGCCCAUCGCCAUAGGCCACCAAACCGACCCGCCUAAAAAUUCCAAUUUCUUAAUAUUUUCAUUUUAACUUUUCCCUUUGUUUAAUUUAUUUAGCCAAAGCUUGAAUUGGUAUUAUUACCCUUUCCGACUCCAUUUUCUCCCCAAAAAAACUCAACCAUGAAGAUGAGAAACAAAGGCAAGGUCCACCCCUUCACUUCAUCUUCUUCUUCUCCUCCUUCCAACACAGACGACGCCUUCCCUCUCCUCAAACUCCUCCCCGCCGCCAUUCUCACUCUAGUAUCCUUUCUCUCUCUAGAAGAGCGAGAGGUCCUGGCCUACAUGCUCACCAGAUCCCUCCAAUCAACCAACAAGAAGCCCCCCUCCAAGAAGCAGUGCCGCCACAAUUCGCCGCCCCUCUUCGACUGCGACUGCUUCCACUGCUACACCAGCUUCUGGUUCCGCUGGGACUCCUCCCCCAACCGCGAGCUCAUCCACCAAGCCAUCGAAGCCUUCGACGACCACUUGAACUCCGGCGAAUCUCUCAACAACUCCCCCAAGACCAAGCGCAGGGACAAAUUCGCCCGCCGCAACAAACCCCCAAUUCCCUCGCCGCCGCAUAAUCAAGAAAUUCCCAUCUCCUCCGCCGCGCCACCGCCCGAUGCUGCGGCUGAUGUUGAUGAAUUAGCCCCGGGACUGAGUGGGGAGAAGGAGAAGGAGAUGGAGGAAGACUGUAAGGAUGCGGCGCCGCCGUCGCCGGCGGCGAGGACGCAUAAAGGUUUGGCUAGGAAGGUGUUGCCGGACGUCAUGGGUAUAUUCAGUUCGCGUUUAUGGAGUCUUUGGAGUCCGAAUGUGUGAGUAAAAAAAAUUAAAAUAAAUUGAAAUGGGAAUUAGAAUUUCAAGGGGAAAAAAUAUAGUUUUAUCUUCUUUAUUUUUUUUUUCUGGUGGUAGGUUAUAUUCGAACUCGAAUAUGCAGCUGUUUUAAAAUGUUUCGUGGCCCAUCUCUCUCCUCUGAAUUAUUGCAAUUUGUUUAUUUUUCUUAUAUGUUUCCACUUUCGAAUCUUCUUUGUUUAUUAUAAAUGGCAUUUUUCGGUGAUGAACAA